UGAUUGGCUUUCCACUGACCAAUGAGGAGGGCAGCGCCCCAUCUCUUGCGUAUAUAAAGCGCACCUCCAGAUGAAGUUCUCUCAUCGACACGAUCACACAGCAACCAUGAGGUCUCUGGUCUUCGUUCUGCUCAUUGGAGCUGCUUUUGCCUUGGAGGACGACAAGAUUGUCGGAGGGUAUGAGUGUAAGCCCCACACCCAGCCCCAUACGGUGUCCCUGAACUCCGGCUACCACUUCUGCGGAGGCUCCCUCGUCAGCGCCAACUGGGUGGUGUCCGCUGCCCACUGCUACAAGUCCCGCGUCGAGGUGCGUCUUGGAGAGCACAACAUCAGGGUCAACGAGGGAACCGAGCAGUUCAUCAGCUCCUCCCGCGUCAUCCGCCACCCCAACUACAGCUCCUACAACAUCAACAAUGACGUCAUGCUGAUCAAGCUGAGCAAGCCCGCCAAACUCAACCAGCACGUGCAGCCCGUGGCUCUGCCCAACGGCUGCGCCUCCGCUGGCACCAUGUGCAAAGUCGCUGGAUGGGGCAACACCAUGAGCUCCACCGCUGACAAGAACAAGCUUCAGUGCCUGGACAUCCCCAUCCUGUCAGACAGGGACUGCAAGAAUGCCUACCCCGGCCAGAUUACCAGCUCCAUGUUCUGCGCUGGAUACCUGGAGGGAGGCAAGGACUCUUGCCAGGGUGACUCCGGUGGCCCCGUGGUUUGCAACGAUGAGCUGCACGGCGUCGUGUCCUGGGGAUACGGAUGUGCUGAGAGGGACCACCCUGGUGUCUACGCCAAGGUCUGCGUCUUACGCGAUUGGCUGGAUCGCACCAUGGCCAACAACUAAGUCAUCAGACAUUCAGUCUUGCACUUGAUGUUCCAUCUGUAUUUCUGAACUAAAUGAUGAAUAAAUCAUCCUUGAAACAUUC